AUGCCUGAAGGUACGAGAUACACCCAGCUCCAGGAAGGGCUUAAUGCUGUGAAGCAAACUACCACUGGCCUUGAAUCUGAACUGUUGGAUUUGAAGAAAUGCUCAGAAUCUCAGUUUAAACAUAUUGAAACUGAGAUGGCUGCUUUUCGUAGGGAAAUCUUUAAUCAGCUGGCUGUUUUGACCCAGGAGCUGCAACAGAAAAAUCAGCAUAAAAAACAUGAACUCGAAUCUUCUUCAGUCACUCACCCACACCAUGAACAUCACAAAGAAUCAUUUGGAGAAAUUGGCACCAGAUCUGUUAGAGUGGAUUUUCCCUCUUUCCAUGGGGAGGAUCCCAAUGGUUGGAUCUAUAAGGUAAACCAUUGUUUUUCCUUUCAUAACACCUUACCACAACACAAGGUGCGCUUAGCAUCCUUCCAUAUGGAAGGGCAAGCAUUAGUGUGGUUCCAAAAUAUGGAAGAAAUGGGAGCAUUUCCAGAUUGGGACUCUUUUACGCGUGCUUUGUCAAUGCGUUUUGGCCCUAGUGUCUAUGAUGACCCCAUGGCUUCACUUGCCAAAUUACACCAAACGGGGUCAGUGGAGGAUUAUAAGGCCAGGUUUGAAAAUCUGUCCAACCGGCUUAAGUGGUUGCCAGAAUCUGUCCAACUGAGUUGUUUCCUCAGUGGCCUUAAAGAGGAGAUUCGUGUCACAGUUACAAUAUUUAAUCCUACCAAUUUAAUAGCAGCUUACAACCUUGCUAGAUUACAAGAACAGAAUGUAGCCCUUGCUAGGAGGUACCACUGCACCCCCAUACUGCCCUCCAAUGAACCUGGAUUGUUGAAAACACCCCCUUCCGUUCACUUUGAGCCUCGAAAAGGGGCUGUUAAACCUCAGCUUCCAGUACAUAAAAUUAAUCAGGCCCAAAUGAAAGAUAGAAGGGAGAAGGGCUUGUGCUAUCACUGUGAUUCCAAGUGGAGUCCAGGCCAUAAGUGUCAAAAACCUAAGUUGUACAUCCUAGAAGAGGUGUGGGAAGACUCUUCUGACAAGACCAUUUGGGAUAAACUAGAGUUGGAACCAGCAGUAGCUACCUUGGCUCUAUCUACGGUGGAACCCAUUCCGGAAAUUUCUUUGCAUGCUAUCACGGGCUCCCUUAACCCACGCACUAUGAGGGUUAAAGGGAAGGUGGGAUCGCAAUGGGCUGCCAUUUUAAUUGACACAGGUUCCACCCACAAUUUCCUUGACUCUGCUGUGGUAACAAAGGGCCAGUUGCCUAUUAACCAAGAAAGAAGGGUGCGAGUGAGGGUGGCGAGUGGGGAACAACUCUUAAGUGAAGGGGAGAGUGUGCAAACCAGAUUUAAUAUCCAGGGUAUCAGUUUUGUGGAUAACAUGCAUGUGCUGGUGUUGGCGGGGUGCAACAUGGUGCUCGGCAUCCAAUGGUUGAGGGGCUUGGGUUCUAUUCUCUGGAAUUUUGAAAGCCUCAUAAUGAAAUUCACUUAUCAGAAUAAGGAGGUGGAAAUUAAAGGCUUGGCAACAUCACAGCUCAUUGAAGAGGGGGAUGGCAGUAAAAAGCAUAAGCUGGAAACUAGGGGGGUCCUACUACAUUUGCUCCAAGAACCUGAACCGUAUGGUGCUUUACAAGAAAAACGGUUGCUCCAAGAUGUGUUACAAGCCUAUGCCGAUGUUUUUUCUGAUCCUAAGGGAUUACCCCCCUAG